AUGUCUAUAUCUGAAGUAUUAAGAACUGCCGAAGAUAGAGAUCCGUGGGAAAAUUGUGCAUUAAAAGAUCAGAGAAACAUCUUCAAAAUAGAUGAGAUCUUCAGAAAUGAAGAUACCGACUCACUGGACCGGAAAUCGUCCCGGGGCAUGCUAUACGAGAACGAAGAACUCCGACUACGCACAAUAAACAUAAAUGCUGAAGUUGAAAGAGGUCAGUCAGACAUAAAGAAGUUAAAACGUGAAAACGAACAGCUGAAGAGGGAGAUAUCGGCCCUUCGUUAUGAAUACGACAGACUGGACAGCAUGCUCAGGGAGAGAAGGUCAUCACCAGAACACUCGGACGACAGCGUGUCGUUAUGCAGCGCGUGUCCAGAAUGUGCCAGUGUGGACGGUUCGUCGCGGGCGGUCGCCUUCCAUGACCUGAGCGUGGUGCCUGAAGAAGGCGAACAGGAACCUAAGAGCGGCGGCGAGUCUCCGUGCACAUGCGAAGAAUGUCAAACAGAAGCCUCAAAGAAACCCGACGAUAAGAACAAUACAAGAACAAUGAACCAACGCGAAAACAAUGUGAAAAUACGACCAAUUAUAGAUGACAAUGCACACGAGCGCGUAGUGGACGUUUUAGUACAUGACGCACCAACCGAAACACCUAGGUUCUUUCAAUCGGUGACCACGCCCCCAUACCAAAUCACCGCACCACCACCGCCGGGCUUCGUCGUCGCUCCAUACCAAACUCCCAGGUUCCACACCGGCGGAAACGUGGAAGACCUCCUCGGGGACGUCCAGUCGACGCCCACAAUCCAGCAAACAACGUUUAUACAGCAGAAUUCUGUAUUCAUGUGCAACACAAGACGGAUCACCCAAAAACAGUGCUGCUGCCAAAGGGAUCCCCCGCCUAUCGCAAUAAACGGCAACCCGCAGCCCGAGAUACCGAAAUCCUACGUGACCGAAAAGAAUAUCGAAUUGACGUAUGAUUAUCCUAGAACGAAGCCAAUACAGAGCUCGAAGAAUUCAGGAGAGGAUUUAACUACAACGACAGAAGUCGCAAGCACGGUUGUGUUUGUCGAAAGAAGGAUCCCAGUUAAACCUAAGAAAUUCGACUUUCUGUUCAGAUCUCGAUCAGCGCCGGUCGGUGAGAACGAGGAGCCGAUAUACGCGACCGUGAACAAGCUACCCAAAAGAUUGCGUCGUAUGGAGCUCGCUAAUCUUGAGAAGGAAGUCGCGUAUAGAGCAGGCGAGCCGGACUCUUCGAUAAGAACAGAUGUUACACUGAAAACCGAUUCAGAGUCGCAAUUACCGCCGCCCGAUGACGACACCAGUAGAUCGGAGAGAGAAAAAUCGACGGCACCUCAAAGGGCAGAGUCUCCGAAAGCAAAGAAACGUAAAAGGUUUUCGCUGACGUUCAAAAAGAGAGAACGAAAAAGAAAAGAGAAAAAGAAGAAAGAAGGUAAGAAUGGGGCUUCAAAGAACGGCGUGCCCAAGAACGGAGGACCUAUGCUGGGAGAGUGUGACAACGAGAGGCUGAUCGAAGGAGACGCACAUGAUGUAUCGUGUGCUUCGCCAACGAAUAAACACAAACACUGCACUCGGCAUAGACCUAGGAAUACAGUAUCGUCGUCCAGUUCUGGCCCGCGCUUCAAGCGGGAUAGCUAUCAGGAAAUAACAUCGCACUCUGAGCACGAGCGAACGAACAGCUUGUGUUCUUCGGUGAACUCGCUGGGCUCAGCGUGCACUCACAAAUCGAGAAAAUUAUCUGCCCCAACCAACGACACCUCGAUACCGUGGUGCGGCUGCUGGGGAGCCGGGUCUUCCAAGCACGUUCAAACAACGUCGUCACAUCCAAACUAUUUAUAUUCGUAGACUACUCGCACGCAUCUAGUUUUGUAUUAAAUCUAAUUACAGUACCCGGCAAUAAAUGUUGCACAUCGACCGGGGGAAAGAGACGGGUAAUUUUUGCACCGUAGAGCGUUAUAUCUGUCGCACAUUACCUAAUUGACAUUUAGUCUCCAUAGAUACCGGAUCGUUAGUGUUUCGUCGCACAUAGGUAACGCUAUACAACAAAAACAUAAAUUAGACGACUGUCUCUUUCUAAAUAUCGAUGUGCAAUACUUAUUGCCUGGCACUGUAAGUUAUUUACUUUAAAUUUUGUAAAUUAAUUCUUAAAUCUCAUUUUGAAUCUAAUACGAGGUACGAUGUAUUAUUGUAAAAACUUUAACAGUCGGACGGUUUAGUGUUCACAGUUGAAUUUGAAUUCUUUAUUUAUUUCGAUUCGUCAAAUACCGCUUUACUGAAAAUAGGAUGUGUUAUAAGCCCGUGUGGAUAGGCACCAUCAUUCUGCC